GGGCGGUGUCCUAUAAAGGCUGUGGCCGAGGCUCUGUGUCCAGGCGAGGGCGCACACGGACAGCCGACAGCCACAGCGACUGCCACAGUGACAGCGCGGGCUCCCAGCUCCUGGACAGAAGGAACCCGGACAUGACCAGAAAGAUCUUCACCAAUACCAGGGAGCGCUGGAGGCAGCAGAGUGUCAACAGCGCCUUUGCCAAACUGAGGAAGCUCAUCCCUACUCAUCCUCCAGACAAGAAGCUGAGCAAAAAUGAAACGCUCCGCUUGGCAAUGAGGUACAUCAACUUCUUGGUCAAGGUCUUGGGAGAGCAAAGCCUACAGCAAACAGGAGUAGCUGCUCAGGGAAACCUUCUGGGGCUCUUUCCCCAAGGGCCCCCCCACCUGCCAGAUGUGGACGAAAGGACUCUACUCAAUGACUAUGAAGUUUCUUCCCCUGGCCCAAGCCACGAGGCUCCCUAGGGUGACUGUGACUGUCAGCCCCCAGGGUAG